AUGAAUUACGCGAGCCUGCAGAUGGUGCCUUUUGCCUCGCCGGCACCUCUCGCGGCAGGCCCAGCUCUUGACCAGGCCCCUCUAGCUGAGCGCCGCCGACGGCCGCGACCAAAGAAGCAGAAGAAGCAGAAGCCAGCCCGUCGGCCAAAUGAGGCAGAUGUUAUCGCACCGGUUCCUUCCACCGCUCGGAUCAGUGCCGCACGAUCAUACGAUGAUGAAUACGACGACGAUGACGAUAGCAUGGACGAAUUCGAUAAAGAUCCAGAAAUGCACGACAAACACCCACCACAACAACCAGUGCAGCAGAGUCCAUCCACGGGCGUUCAGAAAAUCGAGCACGUCACCCGCUCGUGGACGCCAACCACUAUCAUCGUCGCCUGGACUGGCAUGAUGCUGCUCGCCAUCGUCCUCAGCCUCGACAGCCUUACCGUGCCCUCAUACCAGCCCUACGCGCUGUCCUCGUUUAAUGCACACUCGAUGCUCCCCGCUCUCACCACCCUCCAGAGCAUUCUGAGCGCGACCACAAAGCCCGUCAUGGCCAAGAUUGCCGACGUGUCGGGCCGCUCCGAAGCCCUCACCGUGUCACUCGUCGCCAUCGCUCUCGGCUUCGUCAUCAAUGCUACCUCGCACAGUCUCGGCACCAUGGCAGCCGGACAGGCGUUUUACGCCAUCGGCCAGGUAGGCAUCGUGUUCCUGCAGCAGAUCGUCGCGGCGGACACGACGACUCUGGCCAACAGGGCGCUCUUCUCGGCGCUGCUGUACUCGCCGCCUAUCGUGACAGCCUGGGUCGCAGGGCCGAUGGUGGAGGCGCUGGUGCCGGCGAAUUGGCGUUGGGGAUAUGGCAUGUGGGCGAUUGUAGUACCGAUCGUGUCGAUCCCGCUGCUCGCGUCAAUCUGGCGAAUCCAAAGAACAAGAGCCAAGACACCCCGGAGCAGUCCAAUAGAUGGAUUCAUUUCCAAGUGGGCGCAGGCCGAUAUCCCCGGCCUCGCCUUGUUCGUCGCUGGCCUGGUGCUUCUCCUCCUCCCCAUGACCCUCACUGUUCGCUUCCACAACGGUUGGAGCUCGGCCCCGAUCCUUGCCAUGAUCAUCGCCGGCACCGUGAGCUUCACCGGCUUCGUCCUAUACGAUAUAUACGUCGCCAUCUACCCGAUCUUGCCCCUGCACCUCGCGAAGAGCAGGACAGUUGCGGCCGGCUGCUUGACUGAGGCACUGCUCUUCCUAAGCUACUACCUCUGGCAGCCGUACUUGUACUCAUUUCUUGUCGUCGUCAACGACUUUUCGCCAGCGGCUGCCACCAAUGUCGGGAUGGCAGCGCCGGUUGUUUCCGCCGCGGUGGUCGGCCUCGCGGCGGCUGUCGUGGUCAAGUGCUCGGGCCACUGCAAGUGGGUGGUUGUCGGCGGCACCCUCGUCAAACUCGUCGGCAGCGGACUCAUGAUUCGGUUUUCCAACAGGCAGGCCUCGCUUACCCAGAUUGUCAUUACUCAAAUUAUUGCCGGGGCCGGCUCCGGCGUGGUUAGCAUCGUUUCGCAGACUGCCGUUCAGUCCGUCGCUAGUCAUGACGAUGUUGCCAACGUGACGACACUCUACGAAGCCGCUCGAGCAAUUGGGGGUGCCAUCGGAACUGCAAUCUCGGGCUCCAUCUGGACAAGACUGCUGCUGUCUAAGCUGGAGGCGCAUCUCCCAGAGGCGUCCAAGUCCAGUGCCGUAGCCAUACAAGACUCGCUCACCGUCGCUACUUCCUUUGCCGUGGGCAGUCCUGAGCGACUCGCCAUUAAUAAAAGCUACACCGAAGUUAUGCAUAUUCUGCUCGUCACAUCCAUCGCCUUUGUGGCGGCUUCGUUCUUGGUGUCUCUGGCCAUUGAAAACUUGAAUCUGAAAAAAGUCGAUCAAGAUGGCGCUCAGAGGGGCGUCAUUGGUCGAGUCAAUUUCAGGGACUGGUAUAGGCGAAAGGUUUCCGGCAAAUGA